ACAAGGAACAAUGACUAUCACUACAUCAACUUCCCACAAGAAAGCAAGGACACUGUUCAUAGAAAGGAUACCACUCGUUCUCUUAUUGUUGACAAUUAACAAGACUUCGUCUGUCAGAAUCUGCAAUUCCUCCUCCGAAAACUGUAAGUAUAUUGAUACUUGAAAAAAACUGAUAGCGUUGAAAAAAUUUCUAAAAUUUCAUACUUCCGUUACUUAGGGCAAUCCCGGAUUGGUAUACUUAUUUCUCCAACUAUUUCAAGAUCGAAGAUUCGGGAGAUAGAGAUAUACUGGAACAAUGUAAAUAUCAUGCCCGGAGAUAAACUUUCACUCUUCGAACAAGAUUCUACAGGUGUUCAUCGUGAAAUUUAUACAGUCACUCCAAAUAGUCGCAGUGGUUUUCAAAAAACAGGAGUACUAGCCGAAUACGUACCCAGCUCGAAUCUUUCGUUCGUGGAGAAAUGCAUAAAGUAUGAAGUAGCAUGGUUGACAGACAAAAAAGUUAAAAAAAUGGAGUGUCUCAAGACCCAGCCAAAUUGGAUGAAAGAAAGGAAAAAUAUCCUUGGUCCUUUAAAAAUAAAACAAAUAUUUCUGCCUGGAACUCACGAUUCUGCAAUAUAUGAUGAGAAUGGCAAGAGAAGAAGUAUUAUUUCAGACUUGGCUAUAACACAGGAUUUAGACAUCCUAGGACAAUUAAUACACGGCGUACGGUAUUUAGAUAUCAGAGUAGGACAUUAUCCCGAUACCAAAGAAAUAUGGUGGACCAAUCAUGGGCCAUUUUACCGUUCAGUUUCGUUAAAAACUGUUAUAGAUCAAGUGAAAAAGUUUCUCGAUAAUACCGAAGAAAUCGUAAUAAUGGAUAUCCGUGAAUUUCCUAUUGGUUUCGAUAAAAUAUCAGAUCAUCACAAGUUAGUCUCGUAUCUGGAAAAUGAAUUUCGAAAUUAUUUUUUGCCAAAUAAUUAUGGAUGGAAUAUCACGUUGAAUGAGAUCUGGUCUUUUGGGAAACGAUUGAUAAUUGGUUAUGAAAAUAUGGAGAUCGUGAAUAGUCGUACUAACAUGUGGCCUUGCGUAUUGCAUCAAUGGGGAGACGUUAAAAGUACCGAGCAACUGUAUCAGCAUUUGUAUAAAAUUGAAACUAGUAAUAGGAAUGGUACAAUGAUACCUCGAUCAGCAAUGGCAGAAUUGACCUCAGAUUUGAAAAAUAUUCUUUUUAACAGAUUAAGAAAUCUUCGAGAAAUGGCGCAUAAAGUUAAUUUAAAUGUAACUAACUGGUACAGCACUAUUUGGCAAUAUACAGCCAAUAUCGUUGCCACUCAUCAAACACAAGACAAACAGACAAUUGAAACAUAUCCAAUUAAUUUAAUUAAUUGUCCAAAUAAUAAAAAGUGCACGUUUGUUGAACAUUGUCCUGUCAUUUCGAAUUUAAUGAGCUACAAUCUCCUUCCGAUUCAUAGAUUUCGUCAAGCAAUUUGUGGAUACGAGAGCAUAAGACCAAAAGUAUGUUGCAACAUGGAUAGCAAUAUGAUGAACUCAUUUUUCACAGAAAAAGAUGCAUCUUUUACGAGACCGAAUUUGAUUUCAGACUGUGGUAAAAGCUUUGUUCAUGGUGAUAUUAAUUCUAUAGGAAUGUAUCCUUUUGUUGCUAGAAUUGGAUUUAAAAGUAACACAGGAGAAAUAAAAUAUCCUUGUAAUGGUGUGAUCUUGAAUCAGUACAUGAUAUUAACUACUGCCAGUUGCGCUCUUGCAAAAUCUAGUAAUUAUCAAUUGAAUUCUGUGCUUGUUGGUGAAUUCAACAUUGAUACUGAUCCUGAUUGCACUUCACAAAAAAUUGAUAUAUCUUACAUAAUAAAACAUCCUCAUUAUCAAGCUGAUACUUUUACAAAUAAUAUAGCGAUGUUACGUUUAAAAAAAUCAAUACAAUAUACUGUAACGGCGCAACCUAUAUGUCUCUUAUCACAGAAUGAACAUAUAAAUACAGGAAUGAAUUCUAUUCUUGUUGGAUGGGGUAAGUUGGAACGUCAAAGAGAAUCUGAUAAACAACAGUUUCUGAAAAUGAGAAUUAUAUCAACUGAAGAAUGCAUGAAAUAUUAUAACCAAGGACUAGCUACUGAACUGUGCACAAUAGGAAAUGAUGUGCCAUGUUCAGGAUAUAAUGGAAGUCCCCUUUUAUUCAAACAAGGAAAUACAUAUUUUUUGUUAGGCAUUUUAUCAUACGGUUCCAACUGUGACAUGAAUCACAACUUUCCAUCAGUCUUUGUAAAUGUACAGAAAUACACAACAUGGAUUCUAGAAAAUUGU